GUCCCCAUGCAUUCAAUGUACGUGUGGCGUGCCCUGUGUUUGUGUUUGUGUGUGUGUGAGCGAGUGUGUGUCUUAUGUGUCUUGCUUUGUGCGCGGCGUUGGCGUUGGCUUUGGCUUUGGCCUUGGGUUUUGAGCCUUGAGCCUUGAUUGAGCCUUGAUGGAGCCCUGAAUGGAGCCCUGAAUGGAAACUGGAAACUGGAAACCCACUUCAGACCCUUCCUCUUCCUCCUUCCCUUGACACUAUCUAACCUCAAUCCCCCCCUCCCUCCCUAGUCUUUAAUCUAGCACACUCUCACCCAAAUUUCUCCUCUUUCUCUUUUUCAUAUUCACUCAUCUCAUCCCCUCGUUCCCAAUUUUCUAUCCUGCCCUGCGUACAGACUUUCGUUAAGAUCAAUAUCAAUUCAAUAAUCUAAAACAUUAAGAUUAUCCUUUUCCUUUUCCUCUUGGGCGAAAUAUUUCCCUUGACGCUUACACUGGCAUUGACAUUGACAUUCACACUCUCCCCAAAAUUCAAACUUUCUUCAUCUAUUUGCGACAAUUCCACAUCCUUCUGCCGAGUUUACCAAUCAAUCAGCAACAAGACUUUAAACAUACCAUCCACCACCCAAAACCCUAUCACCAAGACGGAAUACACCUUUCUUUCCAUUCCUCAACCUAUCUCAACAAAAUCUUUCGUUUUCAAUCACCUGGGAGAGCGAUCGAUUCCCUUCUACAAUGUAUUCCCGGUCAUUAAAAUUACUGUCAGUAUUGGCAAUCAUCUUUGCCAUCGUUCAAGCCGGUUGGAUUGAUCGUGGUGUCUUUAAUCGACGAGCAGACAGUACUGGCGCCUUAGCAUCAGGAAGUGGGAGUGGUAGUGGUAGUGCUGCCACCACCAGUGCCGGAGGAAGCGGAGCAGAUACAGAUACGACUUCCACUCCAGCACCAACAACAUCUGCCACUCCAACGACAUCGGCAGAAAAAACCACCGAAUCUACAUCCUCGACCUCAGCACCACCCACAACUUCAACAACCACACCAGCAGAAACCACUGCAACAACCCCUACAACCUCAGCAUCAACUCCAGUAUCGGUCCCUGAAACAUCUUCUUCAGCAACGACAGCAGCUCAAACAACUGCUGCUCAAAACUCCGAAGAUGCUCAAACUACUCAAACAACCACCAGCAAGACAUCUAGCACCAAGAGUAGCAAGACCUCUUCUACCUCUUCAUCAUCAACCGUUCAAUCUACCACCAUCUCGGAAGUUACCAUUACCCCAUCAGCAACUCAAGUCGUCGUAACCGUCGUUUCAACCUCAAGUGGAAGUACUAUUACUUCCGAAUACACUACUUCUACUACUCCUGCUGCAUAUACUACUACGACCGCUGUUCCUAUUAGUGAUUCAUCAUCUUCUUCCAAGGGUAUGUCAACCAAGACACGCAAUACAGUCAUUGGUGUCGUCGUGGGUAUUGGGGGUGCCAUUCUUCUCGGAGGAUUAUUCAUUGUCGCAUGGAGAGUUUGGGGACGCAACAAGAAGGAAGAUGAGAAUGAUGGAUUGAUGGGAGGUUACGAUCCAGUGUCUGCUGGUCACGAAAUGAAGAAUGAAGGAGGUGUGGCUCCAAAUCCUUUCCAAACUACUUUGGAAGGUUAUCAUCAACCUGGAAGAGGAAAUGUUUCGGCGAACUUCUAAACUAUCAUCUCUUGAUUUUUUCAUUUUUGGGGAGGACAUACUUUUUUUGGUUUUUCAAUUGUGAAAAAUUCUUUCGCUGUACAUGUCAGAUGGAUAAGGGUUUGCAUUGCAUUGCAUUGCAUGGAUGCAUGAUGGAUGGGAGAUUGGAGUAUAUUGGCCAGCGAGUCAGAGAUUAUUCAUCUCUCUUUUUUCCCCCCCUUUUUUUUUUGCAAUGGGAUAUUAAGGUGGUGUGGUAUUUUAGAUGGAAUGGGAUUCCUCACUGGUAAACACCAACAUCAUUAGCAUUUUUACAUAUUUUUUUAUAGUUAUAAAAAGCACCUCUCUAUGCCUUCCAUUCCUUUUUUUUUAUUACGGCCUGAUUUAUUUACAGCGUUAUUAUAUAUUAAUGGCAUGGUGUCUUUUUUGCAUGUUUUUUUUGAUGGAGUGGAAGUGUUGGAUGGAUGGAUGCAUUGAGAUACCUUUGAUGUAUGUAUGUAUGCGAGCGUGAAUUGACAGGGGGUAAAAGUGAGAAUUAAGGAAAUUUAGUUGGAUACUGGAUAGAUGGUUAGUUAGUUGAUUAGGCAGGUAGGAGAUGAAAAGAAAACUUUAUUGAUUUAUAUUGUAGUGUAUUGUUGUGUUGUGAUGUA